CACUGCUCAUCUAAAGCGAAAGCAAAUCGGUCGCACACGCUUUUCGAUCGUCUCUGUUCGUUUGUUUGUGCUAUAAUAAACACCCCCCGCCUACUCAAGAUCACCUCCACCGCCCGACCGUCCGACGCGAACAAAGAGUGGAAAAUUUUCGUGUCAUCUGAAAAACCCUUUAGACGUUUAUCAGUUUUUUCGGGCCCGUAACGCUGCGGCCCCUUGUAACAACCAAAUUUUUGGUAUCCCCCACUUGGAUGGGAGUGAGGCGUAGUAUGCCAGUGAACUGUGCCAACAAGGACUGUCUGGGUCUCCGAAAGCGAGUGUGUGGUCUGCACCAAACCUGGAAGUGGCUGCACCAGACUCCUGCUUUGCACGAAUACCUAAUCUCGGCCAGCUCCGUAGCUGCAAACACAUCCCGAUUCGGCAAAACCGCUACAGUCUAAAGUCCAGACCGACCAAAGCCAUCUAAAACCAAAAC